AUGGGAUUGUUCUAUUACGGUCUCAAAGAUACCUCAGCUACAUAUGCUGUCAACUUCCUCAACUUGGUCCCAAUAGUAACCUUUGUUUUCUCCAUCAUCUUGAGACUUGAGAAAUUAGGACUGAGCACUCGAGCGGGGAAAAUCAAGAUAUCAGGUGCCAUAUUAUGCGUUUCAGGAGCUAUGAUAGCUUGUCUUUACAAGGGAAAAACAUUCCACCUCAUUCAUAAAGCUCUUCAACAUCAUGUUCAAGUCAAGUCAUCUGUGCUUCAUAAGACUCGUGGUACAAUCUUGCUCAUUGGCAGUUGCUUGUCUUAUUCUUCAUGGUAUAUAUUGCAGGCCAAAUUGCUCAAGGUGUUCCCAUUCAAAUAUCAUACAACCAUGAUCACUUGUAUCUUGGCUUCCAUACAAUCAGCAGCAAUAGGUCUAUGCAUUGAUAGGAGUAACGCUGCUUGGAAGUUAGAGUGGAAUCUGCAGCUACUUACAAUCAUCUACUCAGGAUCCUUAGCCUCAGCAGCAACAUUUUGCUUGAUUAGUUGGGCUGUUGUUAGAAGAGGCCCUUCUUAUCCUCCUAUGUUCAACCCAUUGACACUAAUUUUUGUGGCAGUUUUGGAAGCUCUCAUAAUUGGUGCGGAAAUCACUGCUGGCCAAUUGCUGGGCAUGGUUUUGAUAAUAAUCGGUUUGUACUCCUUUUUGCUGGGAAAAACCAAGGAGAUGAAAAACAUGCCCAAGUCGAACGUAGAAGCUGCAGAAGCUGCCACGACAGUAGAAUCUACAAAGGUUGAGCCAAUGGAUUCGGUGAAGCCAGCUUCUCCUCUUACUACCACCAAUGAAGAUAUAGAAUCUGGUUCUGUCAAGGAUGUGGUAAAUCCUUGAAGAGUGAACACAAUGCACGUAUAUCUCUGCAUUUUCGUUGGGAUCUAAAUUAAUUUGAGAAUAA